UCCAAUCAGAGGUGCCCCGAAACUUGGAAAAGUAAGUUCGGAGAGUCGCCGUCGCUAGGUUCCGUUUAGGUUAAACCUGUUUCGAUGGUCAGUAUUCUACUUGAUGCUAAUAGCCCCUUUUACUUGGUAAUGUCGCUGUCAGUGGGCAGGUUUAUAUAGCCUCGUGAGGAUGCAGUUCACCAGACCUGUCCCAGACUGAGGUGCGCACGUCCAUCGUUUCGUAAACGUCCGGAGACCUCGGUGCCCUGCAAUGAGUUGCUUGGAUGUUAUGUAUCAUCAGGGUUAUGGAACCCAUCGUUACUUGCCGGAGACAUCAGCGGCGGCGGCAGCAGCAGCGUAUUAUCAUUACCAACAACAACAGCAGAGGAUCUGCCUCCAAGGCAAGAUGGAGGACUCCGCGGAGGCGCCCGCGCAGCCCGCGCAGGUAAAGCCUCCCAAGCCUCGGGCGGGGGAACGGGAGGAGAGCCCGGAGGAGCAGAAGGGCGGAGUAGGGGACGGGGCGGCGGAGAAGGAGGCGCAGCCGGCCGAGGCGGAGUACCUGAGCUCCAGGUGUGUCCUCUUCACCUACUUCCAGGGUGACAUCGGGGACGUGGUGGACGAGCACUUCUCGCGCGCGCUCAGCCAGGCCAGCGCCCUCCCCGGCCACGCCCACAGCGGCCGAACCCCCUCGGGAGGUCUGCGAAGAGCAGGAGGCAUCUUAUCAUCAGGACAGUGUGCUGAUUUCCCAUCAUCCCUCUGGAGCAGUGGCUAUCCAUCGCAGAGCGGCCCUUGCCUCUCCUCCAUCCAUCCGGACUUGUCGCCCAGCACCAUCUUUCAUUCAGUGGAGCACGGAGCGUGGGUGGGGCACGGACUGCCGACUCCGCCCCCUCCCUCUGACUGCUGGCCGUACAGCCUGGGAGCCCAGGGCAGCGGCAGCUACACCCACAUCCACGAGGACUAUCCCCGUGUCCACCCCCGCCACGCCCAUCACGUGGCGCACCACACUUUCGGCUCCGCCCUUGACCCCCGACUGCCCGGCACGUGCCCGCCCUGUAGCCCUGCCACCCAUGGCGGCAUCAGCAAGACAGAGGCUGGGACCAGCAGCGGCCCCCCUCACAGCUGGCACAUCUCGCACCAGGCACCAAUGGACAACACCUACGAACUGAGCGAGUAGUGGGCCAGCGCCAAAAAACCUCACCUGUUCCCUGUUUCUGUUUCUCUCUCUCUCUCAGACACUCUCUCUCUUUCUCUCUCUCUCCCUCUCUGUUUCUCUCUCGCACUCUCUUGCUCUCUCUCUCUCUCUCUCUCUUUCAGCCUUGCUCUCUCUCUCUGGCUCACAUUAAAAACUGAAGAAAAUGGUGCAUGCUGUCAUGCCUUUUCAUGUGCGAGAAUGUACGUUUCAGGUCAUCUGUGCAAAGUUUCAUUCAGUUUUUGAACUAAGCCUGCUCUGUCUGUCCACUGCCCUGGGCCGGGACAAACGGAAGACAUAUGUCUGAUUCAGACUCGUAGGAGGUCCGUGGAGAAAUUACUGCGGAGGUGUUCGCAAGUGCAGUUAUGGAAAAGCUUUCAGCUUUCUGGGAAUUCGUUUUACGAAAGAGGUCAGCUUGAUGUCAGUGCUUGUAUAAAGAAAACAAACAUGCUUUAGUGAAACUCAGGAAGAAAGGUCUCCAGGUUGUGUUCCAGUGGCAUAAGCACUCACAAAACAACACAAAUAUAAAAGAAACCACUUUCUCCCAAAUUAUUUUUUCAUACUCAUUUUAAUAUUAUGUAGAAAAUUGUUGUUUCUAUUUCAGGAGCUGUUAUUUUUCUGUGCUGUAAUGGAGAUUCAUGAUGCUUUUAUUUUGUGUGAAAAGCCUACUGUGUUUAUAGCUUGUGUGCAGUGGUUUUGCCAUGUUUCGUUGUUGUUUAGUUACAUUUUCCUCUAGGAGAAAGUGGCAGUGUAGUUGUUGAUUAGACUAAAACAUUGCUAAGUUCUAUUGGCAAAAAUGAAUUAUUUACUUUUGUUUCAGAGUAUGGUGAAAUGUGAAAUUAAAUAUUCUGACCCUAAUUCUGAUGUUUACCUUAUAAAUUAUCCAAGUGGUAAAUUUAUCUCUUGAUGGGCACUGGUGAUUUUUCAUGUAUAUAGUAAUAAGAUCCAAGCAGUAAUGUAAAAAAUGUUUUUAGUUAGCUGUUUUUCACAUAUUUAUGUUUACAGUAGUCUCCACUUCCUUCAUUAGCUUCCAUAUUUUAAGUUAUUACAUAAACAGGGGCACUGACAGUAUCUCUAGGUAUAUUAUUAACGGACUUCAGACAUAGUCAGAGACAGAUGUCAUGCAUAUAUUGCAAUCAAAGUGAUGUCACCAUGCCCUGUAACAAAAAGUACAAUGUGUCUCAAGUACCCUGCACUGAAAUGAAUCAACUGAAGUGAAUAAAUUCUUAAAUUAACAUUG